CACUACAGCGGUGAGGACUGCCGACUUUUGAUUUCAGCCUAGGGCUUAGAAAAGCUCCUACAAAUAUUAUUAUUCAUAUGUCCAAGUGAGCAAAGGUAAUCAAGAUUGGUAUCGAGAACUUACAUAACCCCAAGGAUGGAUGCUUUCUGUCCGUGGGCUUUCGUGCUUUGAAAAGACAGGAGGAAAAAAAUAAAACCCAGACACAAACGAGAAGCCUUGGAUUUUAGCUAUUGUUUUCAUAAACGCGUGCCGCAGUGCGCCAACUUCACAAACAGAAGCGCAACCGAGAGCAAUGGCGUGUGUCUGAAUGACUGCCAGAGCAAAGGGGUCCCGCAUCGGCAAGACGUGGACAUCAGCGACGACGUAAAUGCCACGCUGACACUAAAACCAAAGAACAAAGAAACAUAAAAACAAACAAGUCAACGACCAGCGCACAAAGUGAACGACAGGUCACGCGGUCCACGUCAAAUUUCGCCACACUGCGAGAGCCUCACAACAGUGCUGGGAUCUCGCACUCUCAACGCGACCUGAGUGUCUGUGAGCUGGCUGCUCUCCCGGGGAGAGAUAAUCCGGUGCGCUAAACGCACGAGGUUCUCUCGGAUUAAUUCCGCUGCAUGUGGAUUAUCGCAGAGCCAGGCGGCUGAAGGGGCGCUGAGGAUCUUGACGCAAACGUUGGUGUUGUUAUAAACAGACGGGAGAGGUCUGGUCGGAGGUCCACCGACCCAUGGUUGUGAAUGUGAGCCCGAGGGGAGAAUUAGCAGAGCGUAAGGGUGUCCACAUCAAAUACAAUUGGCUACUUUUAGUGGUUUUUCUCCAAAACAAUUGGUCUUAAGUCUGAGUUUUCAAGACUUAAAUUCGACAUCUACUUUUGGUAGUAUUCUGGGUUUUCUCAACUUCACAGAGACUACUACAUUUAGCUGUUUUCUCAUUUAUGUAGAUCUAUGGAGGAAAACAGAUUGUAGUAAGUCUUCCACUAUCGGCUGAUACUUCUACUGCAUUUACAAAGCGGCGGUGUUUUAGCAGGCUUCUGUCAGAUCAAAUAACGCACUCUGGCGUUAUGAACAAUCUGAAAACAUGGAACUAUUAUUAUAAUAAUAAUCGUCGGUGUUCGGCCACAAACAGCACAGACACGGUCUAGACCGACGGAGAACAGUCCGAGUACGUUAAAACAGACUAUGCUGUGUGCACUUUGUGUGGCUGUAUAACUAGACCGAGACGACUUAAUAAACCCACUCCUUAGUGUCGAAACUCUUCACCACAGUUUCCCCAGAUCAGACAACCAGCUUCGUACCUUUGAGAGGAUAAUUUCCGGACAAUGUUUGAAAGGAAGAAAGGAGUCGAAUACCUGCACCCUUGCUAUUGACAUGACGCACAGAUACGUAACAGAGUACAAUGUAUACGUAAAGGUAUUCAAAUUCACAGAAUAGCACAAGGCCAUAAGAAAUACUCGUGCGGUUUGAAGUGAGAAGCAGAAUGUUUUAGACUUAUUCUCGAUCAGAACCGAACCAGCAAUCCACCAUUCACAUCUCGGGGCCGUUCACCGUCAAGAUGAACAAACACACGCUCAACUACCACACCCGCCUGCACGACUGGUACCGUCAGCACAGCAUCCAACAGGAGAAACAGCAACAGCAGCAGAGUCUCCAGCAGGAGUUGGGCGGCGGUCUGGGCCAUGGCGGAGUCCACGCUAGCACUCACAGUCUGGCCGUGGUGGCUCCAGCUUGUGGCACAAGCGCAGACCAUGCGGCGGCCGGCGCCCAUCUGAGCCAGGACAAGCUAUACUUCAUCAGCCAGUGGUGCUCCGAGGUCAACAAGACGCUCUUUCGUGUCAAGAGAAAAGAAUCGCCGCCGCUGUACCGCCGUUGCCGGCUGGGUGGAGCGUCUUCCAAAGACCUCACUGCUUCUGGAGUGGGACUUUCAGGCGGUAAAUCUACAGCGGAUCCCAGAAGGGUGCGCUCUGCUGAAGUGUUCACUCUUGCAGGGCAUUGGUCGAAACAGCCAAAACCUACGUUGAGCGGCGGGGAACUGUUACCUACCUCCAGCCAAGUAAAAAUCGGAGGCGGCCGUGGGGGUGACUACAACAAAAGAGACCCUGCCAAUCAUGUGGGCGACUCCCGCGGAGUGGAUCUGUGCGUGAGGAACUCCAAAGACAAAGACUGUCAACAUGAGCCGCCCAUGGCGAGAAUCAACCAUGACUCGCUCAACGUGAGGUCAAACGCGUUCAUUCUGCGGCACCAGUACAACAACGGCCGGUACAGCAGGCCCGGGGGUGCCGGGCUCGUCAACGCUGUGCUAUCCCCGAGAAGCAGCGCCACACAGCUAGAAAAGUUAGACAAAGAACAACGUGGGCUUCUCUACAACAACGACCUGCCGUCCGCGCGUCGCCGCGCGAAGAGCGCCGCCAUGCAUAGCACGCGCAGAAGACUUCACGGCAUGGAUGAGGAACAGGACGAAGAGGAGGAGGAGGAAGGUGAAAGGGAUUACAGCAGAACAAACGGGGCGGCAAAGAGUGGAGAAGAGUCACACAGCAGCCACAAAGAGCUGGAGCGUCUGAACAAUGCCAAAAAUGAGGAGGACAGUCUCCGCCAGCAGAACCUCCGACCGGUUAGUUCAAGUCACAAGAGUCGUGUUGCGUCCUCCAAGACCAAAGCUUCCAGUAUGUCAGACCUGUAUGAGGAGGGGGAGGAUGGUAACAGCACACUAGUCAGGAAGAUCAUUAACGUCGUGGUCACGGACGAGGCAAACGUUAAUCCACAGCUGUGCAACGACUGUAACCAGAACUUGGCCGACAAAGCCGCAAAAGAGGCGGCUGAGAACGAGGAAACUGUGCGGAAAAUUCUAAACGAAGAACUAGAGCGCACAAAAAGACUAGCAGAAACUGAAAAGCAAAUUGACCAAGAAAUCACCAAAGCCGAGGUAAACGUCAAACACGUUACCAACAGGCUCACUGAAGACUCCCUCCACUACAGCUCAGAGAGAGAAGCUCUCAGGCUCGUCAACGCUAACAAGAGCUUCACGAUUCCAAACAAUUUUGAUGAUCUCGAAGAUGAGAGAAACAUCAGUUUUGAGGACAUCAAUGGAGACGAGGACAAGAUGUCCGAAGAAGUCAGUGAUGACGCGCACAGUGACAUUAACAGUGAUGCAUCAUCACCUAUAAAAGUCACUGCAGCAAGAAGAAAAAGUUUGGUCAGGAUCAAAAUUGAAAAUGUGGACGAUGAAAACAAUGCUUCUAAAGAGGAAAGCAACACAGAAAACCAACAGCCAGCUGUUGUGAAGGACAGCAGGUCUCUCUCUGUCUCAGAAUCCGAUCAAAUGGAAGCCCCUGACGUUGAGAUGCUUAAAAUAAUACAGGAGCGGCGUGGCAGCCGGCGUAAAUCCCUCAGCUUUGGCAUCAAGCCAACCGUGGGCAACCUGUCCACAUCCAACAGCCUCCUACACGUGCUCUCCAUCGACGACUGCAAGAUGUCCAUGCGCUACAGCCCACACAAGAUCCUGGAGGAGCACGAAGUCACAGACAGCCUCAUGCUGCCUCUCAGCCAGAUACUUACAUCGGAGUACUUGAACUCCUCCCCUGAAAACAGCCCCAGAGAGACAGGAAAGGGCAACAAAUAUAAUGAUAAUAACAACAAUAACAACGGAGUAGUGGACAGUGCUCGUGCCUACGGCAGUAAAGCAGCCAUGCGUGUGAGUGGCCAGGACUCCGGGAUGACAACUCUGCGUACAGCAUCCGCUCAUCACGCCACCAAAACCAACAAGAUGCAGUAUCGGAUCCUAACUGACCCCAAUGACCCCGGCUACUACAAAAACAUGCGCCCACAGUCAGCCUGCUUAGCCAAAGCCUUCAAUACGCUCAUCAAUGACCGUACCAUCAUGCAGCGCCUGGGCGACCGGCCCGGCACAGCCUCGAAUGCUAACAAUGGGCGCAACAGGAUAAGGAGCGCAUCAACCAAAUCCUUAACUGCGUCUGCUACUGGUAGCAAGCCGGCCUACGAAGGUCCGGUGUACCAGCGCGCAAACACAGUUCUCAAGAAACAGAUGGAGGCGUUGCUGCAGCGACACAGCAGCCAGAUGAAGGCACGCUACGAGCGGCUCAAGAACAACCCCACACCACACAAGAAGCCUCUCGUGCUCACCCUUGGCGUGCCGUCACUCAAUGAGGAGGUCUCGGAAAAAAGUUUAUCGCUUGAAUCUCUGCCCCUGGUGAAAAAAGGCAUUCUCAAAGACAGUCGAGAGUCACUGCUCAAGGGCAGCAGUGAAUCCUUAAACAAGUAGAAGAAAGAAGAUGCUUAAUAUGUUUUAAUUAUAUUUACAUAUAUAGAUAUCUAGCACUUGAAACAAUUAAACUCCCUAAAGUAUUUUCUGAACCAAUCUAACCAGGAGAAACGUUUUCUCUGAAGGGCGCAAAAUUGGAUGAAUUUUCACGAGAGACCCUGGACGUUUGUACAUGAGCAUUAAAACAAUUGACAAAUAUAUACUUUAUUAAUGUAACAAAAUAAAGUGACCAUGAAACCCAAGGAUAACCUUUCUUGCUCGUGUACUGUGAUCUAAACUGGAAUGAACACACUCAAAGCAUCAAGACCGAAAGAAACAAGUCUCCAGUUGACAGUAAAAGGACCAGGUGUAAGACUGAUUGCGCGUAAUCUAUAAUACAUUCCUCAUACAACGACGAUAAUAAUCACAGCUGGUCAAAGUGUUGACUGUAACAUUGUGUUGUAUCAACUUUGUCUUUCAACCACAGAUCGCGUGCUCUUCCUUCGUAGAAAAGUUCACUCAGAAUUGCAGCAGAAGACGAGAUUUUCCUUUAAAUCUAAGAGAAGACAAGCACUCUCAAUAUGACAACACAGUGCAGAGAAACCUUCAGUCAUCAGAUGGAAAAAAGAGAAGGAGGAUGAGCAAAACAUCAGCUUGCAUACUUAAAAGGACCUAUGUUGUGUAUGUAAUUGAUUAUGGGACUGACAAUGUGGAUAAAAGCUUUAAAGGAAGGAUGAAGAAAAAUGUGAUGAGUGCAAUAAAUAAAUUAUUCUUAAAAGGU